AUGCCACACAUCACCCUCUCCGGCAACGAUGUCGACGCCGCUCGAGAGACGAGCUGGCUUGUUAUCAUCGAGUCCCCCGACGGCCGCCUCUUCUCCACUGUCCUGACCUUCUCGCCGGCAGACAUGCCCGAGACGGUCGUGCAGAAGCUUCGAACGUUAUACAAGGGGCGCGUCUCAAAGAAGCGGAGGAUCUUCCACCGCUUCAUUCUCCUUCACAAGCCUGUCGUCGCGUUAGCUACACUCUCAGCCACGGCAGGCCCGACUCUCACGCCCUCUCCCGGGCAGUCAGUCCGGGUUUACGACCGCCAUGACAGCGACAUCCUUACGAGAGCGUUCUACAAGCCAGACGUCCUCGGCAAUGAAGAUCCCGCCGCCUUCUUCGCCGCGUAUAGGCGUCUUGCCAUCGACCCUGGGAGCCACCAGGCGCCGGAGCACGCCCUUCUCAUCCCGCUCGAGCGCGACCGUGUUGCCGUCAACUGCGUGCGUGGGGUCGGGAUGCUCAUCUCGCUUGCGGUGGGAUUUGGGUUCUAG